ACAAGGUAAACCCAGGAAUGGCGUCGACCAUUAAAAAUAUACUACUAGUGAUCGCCAAUGGCACACCAUGAAAACACUUUGUGGAAUGGCCAUCAGAGCGUUGAAUGUCUUGAAAUGUCCCACCACCGCCUUAGUCAGCCCAUCCGGAUUCUUAGAUCAACUACUGCCAACGGACCCUUUGAUCCCCGUCAUGUCAACCACCAGAGACCAGAUUCUUGCGUAGCGAUGCUGUACCUUCAAGAAGCGGACUGGAAUUAAGAAUUAUGCAGCCGUACCAUUCACAGUACUACCGUCGAUAACAGACCUGAUCUAUCGUCACCCAUGCCCCUUUGACAAUGAAUACUGCACUGGGAGAACGACCAGCAAAGAGAGUACGGCAGGCAUGUGAGCCCUGCAGGCGCAAAAAGGCGAAAUGCCCAGGGGAGCAGCCGGUCUGUUCCUUGUGCGCUCGUCUACACCAAACAUGCACCUACGCCGAAGACAGACAGAGGCCGGGGACAAACGUGCUCUUGCAAGCCGAAUCGACCCCUGCUCCUGCUUCAUCUGAUACCAGUGUUUCGCAGACCUUGGAGGACCGACUCGGCGGUCUCGAGAGCAAGAUGGGGCAGAUACUUGAUGUCCUAGGACAAAAUACUUCUAGACAUGAGGAACUGCCCAUGUCAGCGCCUCACAUGAUGACUGCCCCGAGUGGCCCAAUGGCGCUCUCGACGUCGAACCAACUCACGCCGCUUCCGAUGUGGGAAACGGUGCUUUCAGUAGCCAAUUUGUAUCUCACGUAUUGCGAGUCGCAGCCGCUUCCUCUCUUUCAUCGAGAAACCUUUCUGACGAGUAUCGGGACGCGUGACCCCGAAGUUAUCUACUCCGUGCUUGCCUUGGGCAUCAGGUUCUCAGAAGAGCACCAGCAGAGCCCAACUCACUUAACAUCACGUAUCAGCGGAUACACCGAAGUAGCGAGAAGCUUGGUCAUGAAAAGGGUGCUUGAGGGGCCGGUUGAGCUUUCUACUCUCCAAUGCUUAUGUCUUUUGAGCUUAGUUGACUUUACCAAUGGCAAUACGCAUCGCUCGAGUGUUCACAGCAGCUUGGCGAUGAACCUAGCCCAGUGCGCUAAUUUAAGCUUCGAAACACAGGGACAGCUAUCCCCAGUGGCGCGUGAAGAAAGAAGACGCUGUUUCUGGAGUAUUUGCCUUAUGAAGCGCCUUCACGGAGUUGAAUUCGACAACGUGGAUUUUCCGGAUGGAAGCUGUCCUAACUUCCCAGAAAGUCCAAAUGUUCCACCCCAACACUGCUCACCAAACAUAACAGAAGGGACACGGUCGACCGAUCUUCAAGAUCGCGGGAUAAUAGCCUACGUGAUAACUCUGAGCGAAGUGUUUGCGAAGACUGCGAGAUAUGUUCGACGACAUGGAAAGCCAACUAACAUACCUCCGUGGUCUUCAGAGUCGGAAUAUUCCAAGAUCAUAACACUCCAGAUGGAAAUGGAAUCACACAUGCCAUACAUCCACCGUUUCAAACCCACCAACUUUAGUGAAAGAACACUUGACGAGCUGCAAGCCAAUAGGGACUACUGGGGGCCAUUCCUCUUGAACCAGUUUCUAUAUCACACGAUCCUUUGCCUCCUCAACCAUCCUCUGCUCUUGUCUCUGAGCCUCCGAAACUUUCGAAGCAGCAUUCCUGAAAUAUUCCUGCAACACACAUCCGACCUCAUAUCAUCCCACACGACGUGGAUAAUAUAUUUCCUUAAUUACUUCGAAGAGCGGUCUUUCCUCGUCUCAGACCCCUUUCUGGGAUAUAGCGCGGCAGUCGUCGCCACCAUUGAACUCCAACUGAGUUUCACCGAGAACCCUACCAUCCGCGAAGAAAAGCGGGACCGAUUCUUCAAAUGUGUUCGAUUCGUGCAAGCCCUCGGACAGAAGUGGCCGCACAUGGCUCGAAUGGCAAACCGACUCCAAAGACUAGAAGACGCCGUCUCAGCAACCUACCAGCCCGAAUCCGGAGCCCAGAACAAAAGCCUUCUCAUCGAUCUGUCGCGAUUCUGGGAAAUCCUCGAAUACUCAUCCAACAGCGAUUCCGACUCGGCGAGGCGCAUGUUCGGCGACUCCCUGUAUUCCAAUUCGCUCGCAUUCACAGCCGAGGUUUCGCAGACUUCGCCCCUCCCAGAGCCCACGCGCAUGAGCACCCAGCAGGGCAUGUCGCAGUCCCCAAUGCCGCACUAUAGUCUUCAAACGCCAUUGGGUACAAGUGCACAGUGCGCUGUAGACUCGAUCACGGCGUCACAGCCGUCUGAUCUUCUUAAUGACGAGUUCUCGAUCCUCGCGGCGAACUUCUUUUCCCAGGGACAGGAGUUCCUGAGGAGUAGUGAUCAACGUGAAGGGUUUGGGAAUCUUUAGUCUAGGAAGAUUUGGCAUGUUAUGGUAGAGAUAGACAGAAAUGACGAAACAACCACCCACCCACCACACAGACUACGUCAUAACAACACAAAACCUCUAUCAGGACCUCCUUCCCUUGCCUCCUUAGUAACACCGCAAGUCAUAAGACAAGGCAUGAAUGAAUGAAUGAGUAAGGACUAAGGAGUGGUCAUCCGGACCGGAGAACUCCCCGGGAGGAUCCGUAUCCGCUUCCGCUUCCGGAUCCGGGCCCGACGAUAGCCAUGGCCAUAUCUAGGUUUAGGCGUGAGGGGUUUUGCGAGCACGGGGGAUUUAGGAAGAAUCUUACAUGUCUAGUGGGGAGUUGACGUAUGGGUUAUCUGUUUGGGUUUGGGCUUUGGGAGCAAGUGUGGUGGGUGAGGAUUUGGGAUUAUGUUUAUUUAUGGUUGUGGUCACGCUUGGGUGUAGAUAAUUGUUUGAGUGGAUU